UCGCCUUUUGAUGACGUAUUUACGUAACUUCGGUAGGUUCCGCAAAUUACAAAACGACAGUCAGGAAGAGAAGCGAAUUUCGGCGCCUUCUUUGAUUUCAGUGAAGAGCCGGAGCUGACGGGCCCUGUUCAUUAACAGCUCCACCAAGCUUAUUUCACCCUCACUCGCCGACUCUCCUCUUCAGUGAUGGAGUACGGAAAAGAGAGGGUGGUGGCGUUAGUAGACAUGGAUUGCUUUUACGUACAGGUGGAACAGCGGCUCAAUCCAGCUCUGAGGAACACUCCCUGUGUGGUUGCCCAGUACAAGACGUGGAAAGGAGGCAGUAUCAUAGCUGUGAGCUAUGAGGCUCGGGCCCAUGGUGUCACAAGGAACAUGUGGGUGGAAGAUGCAAAGAAACUGUGUCCAGAUCUCCAGGUGGCAAGAGUGCGUGAGUCUCAUGGCAAGGCAGACCUGACACAUUACAGGGAGGCGAGUGUGGAGGUGAUUGAGGUAAUGUCUCGCUUUGCUGUGAUUGAGAGAGCCAGCAUUGAUGAGGCCUACAUGGAUCUGACUGCAGCUGUCCAGCAACGGCUGAAAAACAUGAACGACAAAGGACAAAUUGAGCCUCAAAUGCUGAAGACAACCUACAUCCAGGGAUACCCAAAAAAUUCACCUGAACAGGAAGCACCUGCAGAGGAUGUUGCCAUGGACAAAGAGGAGCAAAGGUCCAGAGGUGUCCAGCAGUGGCUGGCCUCCUUACCUGUCCUCCCAUCAGGGGCGCAGAACUCUGCAGACUUGCAGCUCACUGUGGGGGCAGUCAUCGUAGAGGAAAUGAGGGCAGCUGUGGAAAAACACACAGGUUACCGCUGUUCAGCAGGGAUAUCACACAAUAAGGUAUUAGCCAAACUAGCAUGUGGUCUGAACAAACCUAAUCGACAAACCAUUAUGCCGUUGGACUCUGUGACAGAACUCUUCACAUCUCUACCCAUCGGCAAGAUCCGUAACCUGGGGGGUAAGCUGGGUGCAUCCAUUGCAGAAACUCUGGGAAUAGAGAACAUGGGAGAUGUGACUCGCUUCUCUCGGGCCCAUCUGGAACAGCACUUUGGAGAAAAGACGGGCCAGUGGCUGUAUGACUUGUGCCGGGGGAUUGAGUUUGAAGCAGUGAAACCCAGACAGCUUCCCAAGUCCAUCGGCUGCAGUAAAAACUUCCCCGGGAAGACAUCGCUGGCUACUAAAGAGCAGGUACAGUAUUGGCUUCAUCAGCUGGCCCUUGAGCUGGAGGAAAGGCUGACCAAGGACAGAGAAGCGAAUGGACGAGUGGCCAAGUUGUUGACAGUUGGUGUACGUCAGCUCGGGGACAAAAGGCCAAAUAGCUUCUCACGCUGUUGUGCUCUGGUGCGCUAUGAAGCAUCCAAACUAUCCAGUGACAGCUUUGCUAUCAUCAAGAGUCUCAAUACGGCAGGAACCCAACAGACAACGUGGACUCCACCCCUCACCCUGCUGCACCUCUCAGCUAGCAAAUUCAGUGAUGCUCCAUCAGCGGGGAGGAUUGCUGGCUUUCUUUCCAGUGAUGUCACUUCAACCCAGAGUGUCGCCACCUCUCAGUCUUGCACCAAGGCACCUUCUGAAUUGAAAAACUCCACCUGCAAACAGCCCGGCACCAUCCAGUCCUUUUUUCAAAAGGCAGCUGAAAAACAAAGACAGAAGGUGACAAAAGAUGAGGAAGAUGACAACAUAGGCUCCACAGGAAUCCUCCCAUCUUCAUCGUCUCACACAAUCUCUGCUGCUGAUGCUCAGUUAGAGACAGAUAACAGUUGCGAGGUACCAGUUUCUCACUCUGAAAAUAGUUCCUUGAGCCCUCAUUCAGGCAUUUCCUCUUUCUUCCACAAGAAGACUUUUGAAAGAAGCUUAGAGACCUCAGCACUGAACAAGCCUGAUAGGGGACAGAGGCCUGGACCUGCCAAUAAAGAAGACUCUGAAGACACUGUGGCUGCUGUGCCUGACCUGCAAGCAGAACGUAGCUCAGAGUUUACAUCUCAUCAGUCGCCACGUGAAGAGUUGAGGGAUGAACUGGACAUCGAUCCAGCGGUAGGUCACCAUCUUCCCAGCGUUGCCAGAGAAGACCUGUUAAACUGUGAACGCUGUGGCCAGGAUGUGUUGGUUUGGGAAAUGCCUGAACACAGUGACUACCACUUUGCCCUGGACCUCCAGAAUUCAAUCUCUUCAUCCACAGGUUCAGCAAACACCUCCUCCCCCUCCUCUUCCUCUGUCUCUUCUUCGCUGUCAUCUCUUGGAGUAGCAGCUGCAGGCGUCACCCAGUCCUCCAGGGGCAAGACAAAAACCAGAGGCCAGUCAGGACCCCAACCAAAAAGACAUCGCUCCCAAGGUGGAAGCACGGGUACUCUGGAUUCUUUUUUCAAGAGGAACUGAAGAUGUGGUGCACAACUGUAUCAUGAUGUCCAAAUCAGUCAGUGGUGUUGUGCUUUAUAUGUUCGGAUUUCAGAAAUUUUAAUGUAUUUUGCUUUUUAUUAAAAAGACAAAUGCAAUACUUCAAUAUUUUAAAGCCAGUGUAUAUUAAAGAUAUGGUUUACAUUUUGUACCAGUGUA